AUGAACGCUUUCAAAUUGCACGUGUUUGUGCCGUUCUCUUCGUCAGCUAGCGCUCUACAAAAUUGUAACGGUAUAUCAGAAGGCAUUGUUCCACAGGAGCUCAAGGCUUUUAUAGAAGAGAAUUUACCCGCUUCCUCAAAUGUACUGCUUUGUGUUGCAGAGCGUAAACUGGCUGAAGCCAUUAAGGCUCCUGAAAUAGGAUUGUCGGAAAAUAUUGCCUGUUCUUCUGAAUCCAUUCUUCAUGAGGUUUACAGAGCGCUUCGAUUUUAUUUCCCGAAGUAUAUAAAGGAGUUCUCUCAUUUUGACGAGUCGAAAGCCCAAAUCGGUCUUGGUCACAGUUACUCUAGAGCCAAAGUGAAAUUUAAUAUCUACAGAAAUGACAAUAUGAUCAUCCAGUCUAUAAACUUACUGGAUCAGUUGGAUAAGGAUGUGAAUAACUUUUGUAUGCGAGUCAAAGAAUGGUUCUCCUAUCACUUUCCAGAAUUGUCAAAAAUUGUCCCUGACAAUGCAACUUUCGUCAAGGUAGUUCGUUUGGUCCGUACUCGGGAUGGUGCAACAGAAGAAAAUCUUGAGGCAUUAGAAGCUUUGACUGACAGUCAAGUUGCCUCAGAUAUCAUUGAGUCUGCUAAGUCAUCUGUUGGUUUCGACAUUACAGAUGAUGAUGCUGAAAAUUUAGCAACAUUCACUGAGAAGAUUUUGGCGUUAAUCGAACGUAGAAAGCUGACCCAAGAGUACUUGACGAAAAAGCUUGUUGGAGUAGCUCCAAAUCUAAGCACAAUGAUCGGUGACAGAGUUAGUGCAAGGCUGAUUGCACACGCUGGAUCCCUUAUGAAUCUGGCCAAAUUUCCUGCCUCAACGAUUCAGAUACUGGGAGCAGAGAAAGCUUUAUUCAGAGCAUUACGGUCUCGUGGUUCUACACCAAAAUAUGGAUUAAUCUAUCACAGUCCAUUCAUUACUCGUGCUUCUCGGGAGAACAAAGGCAGAAUAUCAAGAUUUCUGGCUGCGAAAUGUGCUAUAGCAUCUCGAAUUGAUUGCUUCAGUGAAGUACUCUGUGACAUUUACGGCAAGCAUCUAAAACAACAGAUUGAAGAUAGAUUGAGUUAUUUUGAAACUGGCACUACGCCUCCUACCAACGCUGAGGCUAUGGCACGUGCAAUUGUUGAAGUGAACAAAUAUAUUCGCAGAAUGAAGAAGAAGGCAAUACAAACACUGAAUAAAAGAGAUUCAGAUAGUCAAGGUGAAGAGGCUGUGACAACGGCAACUGGAGAUGGUCAAGUUAAAAAAAAACGAAAGAAAAAACUCAAUCCAGUCGUUGGCGGCAGUGGUGGUGAUAACAACCAAGAAGAGGAAAACGUAAAAGAGGAAACGAUUGAAGCCAACAAUCUACCUACUCAUUUUAAUGGCGAAGUGAACAAUGAGCAAGAGAAAACUAGUGUGAAGAAAAAGAAGAAGAAGCGCCACUACUCCGAAUCUGUUAAUGCUGACCAGUCCGUAAACAGAAGUUUGUUAGAAGCAGUCCAUGUAAGAACGGCAGGAGGUCGUAAAAGGUCAGCUUCGGAAUCUAGUGUAGUUUUGGGUGGUGAGAGGAUCGAUAAUUCGCAUUCUGUAAAGAAGAAAAAGAAGACCCAUUUACAUCAAUUAUAA